UAAAUUUUAUAUCUCUGAAGACGUACUCUGUCUUUAUCCUCACCUAAUAUUCACUAAAUGCAGAGCUUGUAAGGGUUUGGUUUGACUCGAAAAAACAACCUCCCCAGAAAAAAUGGGUCGAAGUGUUCCCAGGUAGGUUUAAUCUGGUCAUUUCGUUAUAUAUUUGUGAGUAGAUUAUGUCCAUCUACAGUGAGAUAAGUUCGGCCUGUUAACUAUGUCAAUCGUUGGUGAGGAGGAAUGGAUGGAGGAAGUGAAACGCGAGCUCACUCUUAAGAAUAAGCCCUAUAAGGCUUCUCCUUGCAUUUUCAGUGCAUCAACAGCCUUGUUGAAGGAAUAUAAAGAUGCGUAUGUGCCUCAGAUUGUUUCCAUCGGCCCUUACCAUUUCAGAAAAGAGCACCUCAGAGGAAUGGAAACAUUCAAAAGCGAAGCAGCACGUAGACAGGUUGUAAGAAUUCAGAGCGCACUUAGUUAUCCUCAAUUUAACUUCGAGCAAGUGAUUGAAAAAAUUAGAUGGAGGGAAGAGGACAUAAAGCGCUGCUAUGAUAAGGGUACACCAUUAAGGGGUGAAGUUCUGCUUUGGAUGGUGGCGCGGGAUGCUUGUUUCAUUCUUGAGUUCUUCAGAAAUCACCUCUCUGGAUUGCAAGAUGAUGAUAUUUUCUGUAGAUAUGAUUAUGUAUUUCGGCCUAUGUAUCAUCCCAUUUUCGGCCCCCAAUCGGAGAAUCCUGGGGUUAAGUCCGCGAUCAUGAAGGAUUUAAUCAAGUUAGAUAAUCAAAUACCACUAUUUAUCUUGCACGAUGUUCUUGAUAUGGAGAUGAGGGAUUCCCGAAGUGAGCUUGACAAGUUGCUGAGGAAAGUGUUCGAUAAAUUCUACUAUCGGCCUUUCGAGUUUUGCGCACAGGGCGAAUCACCGAGACAGGACCAUAUCCUUGAUAUAUAUCACUACUUUUGUCUUGGGGUUGUGGCAUCCGGAAAUAAAAACGAAGUGAAACUCAACGUUUGUUGCUCGUGUUUUACAGGUUCAGAUGGUGGUCAGAGCUCGUGUUUUGGAUGUGCUCCCCAACAAUCUGAAAAUUUACAAAAUCCCUCUCAAUCAAAGGAGUGGCGAGUGAAAGUUCCAUCUGCAGUUCAACUAAAGAAUGGAGGAGUGAAAUUCAAGGCCAAUGGUAAAAAUGUGGUCGACAUCAGAUUUCAGGGAAAAACCCUCACUUUGCCUUCGCUAAAAUUGGAUGUGGACUCAGAAAUAUAUAUAGGAAAUUUAGUGGCCCUGGAGAAUUCAUCUCCGUACUACAAGAGCAAAUCAAUGACUUCAUACAUAAAGUUCAUGUAUGAGCUAUGCAAAACAGAGAAAGGAGUAGAUGUGAUGAGAGAAGAGGGCGUCCUUGCUGGUAAUCUUUGGCAGCACUCUGAUGCCGUCCGAGUCUUCAGCUUGUGUAAGCAAUCACCUUUAUCACGAAGCCAAGAUUUAUUUGAAAAGACGAGGAGAAAACUGAUCAAAUACUGCAAUAGGAAAUUUUGGACCGCUGCGGCAAUACUCUGGAAUGAAUUCUGUAACGCUUACGGUUCAAAACCAUGGCUGGUGGUUGGAGGCUUCGGAGCAACCAUUGUCCUCUGUCUUACUGCGAUCCAGGUCUUUUGCUUGUUUAAACACUGUGGACCGCGAUCCACAUAAGAGAGAGAGAAUCAACCGUAAGAAGCUUUCAGUUUUGUUUUAUACCGUAAUGCAUGUGGUAUUCUUCCAUGUAUUACAUAAUAAAUUCUAGCAUAGUGAAGAUUCUUAUAUGGACGUAAUAGGCCCAAUAAGAAUUUCUUCCUGUUGCAUGAAAUUGAGUAUGGACUCUACCAUUAUCUACAAAGAUGUUUCCUAGUCAUUACAUCAGGCUCUUUUAUCUUUUGAAUGGUGUAUACUGCUGUGUCUGAAAUGAAGAGUAGUUUAUGGA